ACUCCUGCUCUCUCUGCGCCGCCGCCGUCACCACCGCCACUGCCACCGCCACCGCCGCCAACGCCACCGACUGAGUCUGCAGUCCUCGAGGUGAGGCCCGUAUCGGGCCGCAUCCCCUUACUCGCUCCUUGCCGCCUCCACUCCCCGUUGUCCUGGGCUUAGCGACCCGGGCGGGUGACGCUGCAUACCUGACUGUCACCUGCCUUCCCUGGCACCCUCCAUCUCUGGCCUUCCCGGACAGCUCCCGGCUUUCUGGCUGUCACCUCCUCCUGGUUUAGAUCCAAGGGAAAAAAUGCCAGUCUGGCAGCCAUCCCGCCUGGGGAAGUCUAGGGGAACCCCACUGGUCGGUGAAGCUGCUGAGGGGCGAAGAAAUCGCUGCUUGCCCCUCCCCUCAUCACUGCGGUGUUCUCCCAUCUUGUCAUGAGAUGUACUCCGCCCCUACUGCAGUGACCUCCCCUUCCUCACUGCAUUGACCUUCUCCUCUCUCCACGGGGAAGGGAGAACCCCUUCUACAGUGCCUGAUUGCAGCCCGCUCCUCCCCACCCCCUACCCACUGCAGUAACCUCUUUGCCAGCCCUCCCAGCCUCUGGCCCCUCCCACUGGCCUCAGGCUCCACCCUUCUAAGCCUCUUAUCUUUCUCCUUCCUCCACUUCCACCCAAGGAGAUCCCAGCCAUCAUGUCUAUAGAGAAGAUUUGGGCCCGAGAGAUCUUGGACUCCCGUGGGAAUCCCACCGUGGAGGUGGAUCUCUAUACUGCCAAAGGUCUUUUCCGGGCUGCAGUCCCCAGUGGAGCCUCCACCGGCAUCUAUGAGGCCCUGGAACUAAGGGAUGGGGACAAACAGCGUUACUUAGGCAAAGGUGUCCUGAAGGCAGUGGACCACAUCAACAGCAGGAUUGCACCAGCCCUCAUCAGCUCAGGUAUCUCCGUGGUGGAGCAGGAGAAACUGGACAACCUGAUGUUGGAACUGGAUGGGACUGAGAAUAAAUCCAAGUUUGGGGCCAAUGCCAUCCUGGGUGUGUCCCUGGCCGUGUGUAAGGCUGGGGCAGCUGAGAGGGACUUGCCCCUCUAUCGCCACAUUGCUCAGCUAGCUGGGAACUCCGACCUCAUCCUGCCUGUGCCGGCCUUUAAUGUGAUCAAUGGUGGCUCUCAUGCUGGGAACAAGUUGGCCAUGCAGGAGUUCAUGAUCCUCCCAGUGGGUGCUGAGAGCUUUCGGGAUGCCAUGCGACUUGGGGCAGAGGUGUACCACACCCUCAAGGGGGUCAUCAAGGACAAGUAUGGCAAGGAUGCCACUAACGUGGGGGAUGAAGGCGGCUUUGCCCCCAAUAUCCUGGAGAACAGCGAAGCCUUGGAGCUGGUGAAGGAAGCCAUCGACAAGGCUGGCUACACGGAAAAGAUGGUGAUCGGUAUGGAUGUGGCUGCCUCUGAGUUUUACCGCGAUGGCAAAUACGACUUGGAUUUCAAGUCUCCCGCUGAUCCUUCCCGAUACAUCACUGGGGACCAGCUGGGGGCACUCUACCAGGACUUUGUCCGGAACUAUCCUGUGGUCUCCAUUGAAGACCCAUUUGACCAGGACGACUGGGCAGCUUGGUCCAAGUUCACAGCCAACGUCGGCAUCCAGAUAGUGGGCGAUGACCUGACGGUGACCAACCCCAAGCGCAUCGAGCGGGCAGUGGAGGAGAAGGCCUGCAACUGUUUGCUGCUCAAGGUCAAUCAGAUCGGCUCGGUCACAGAAGCCAUCCAAGCGUGCAAGCUGGCCCAGGAGAAUGGCUGGGGGGUUAUGGUGAGCCAUCGCUCUGGAGAAACGGAGGACACGUUCAUUGCUGAUCUUGUCGUCGGACUGUGUACAGGCCAGAUCAAGACUGGCGCCCCAUGCAGAUCUGAACGUCUGGCGAAGUACAACCAGCUCAUGAGAAUUGAGGAAGAGCUGGGGGACGAAGCUCGCUUCGCGGGACAUAAUUUCCGAAAUCCCAGUGUGCUGUGAUCCCCUUCCCCCAACCCCGCUUGCCUGAACGCGGGAACAUCUCAUUCUCCUGGAGCCUCUUUCUUGCUGCCCUGACCUGCCAUAGUCACUCUGAUACCCUGAGCCCCAAGUCACCCAGAACACCUCGACUCACCGCUCCUGCUGUUCUUGGCUUCCACAACCCCCCUUGCUCUCUCUGCUCUUCCUCCUCUCUGGGCCCCAUUUUUGGGGGGAUUCAGUCUUCCCACUUUCCCUUCUAUUCUCUCUUCUCUUUAAAAAAAAAUUAUGAAGAUUAGAAGGGGGUCCACAGAAGAAUCCUCAGUGUCUGACAGGAGCUUCAGGAUUGGUGUGUUGGGGUGUUUAAAGUGGGGUCACGGGCAUGAGUGUUUCAGUGCUUACCAUGGUGUGUAUAAGCCUUGAACUAUGCAUAGAACUGGAGUUUGGGGAGUGCUGGAUGUGUGGUCAUGCUUGGUUGAGGCUUUAGUGUAUGUGUUUACAUACACAAGCACAGUUUGUUUGUUUGCUUAUUUAUUUAUUUAUUUAUUUAUUUAUUUAUUUAUUUAUUUAUUUCUCAGCUGGUCAGUCAGCCAUCUCCUGUAACUCUCCAGUCUGAAAGUGACCUAACUUGACAGGACUAGGCACCCCUAUUCCAUGUGGCUUCAUUCCAAGAUGACCCAGGAUGGGGAUUUUGCUAGCAUGGGAAGGGGAACAGAAAAGGGCCUUAGCAAUUGCUUCAUUCGGUGCACUAACCGAAGCUCGGAACUUUACAGAAUGGGGCUGUGGACCUGGGGAGGCUUUUCUCCUCUAACCCUCUCCCCAGCCCUAGGCUCCUCCGUCUUUCUCCGGCUGCACCAGAGCGCUGCCUCACUCCCCUGCGCCAUGUCCCACAGUUGCCACCAUCUCCGUGGCUUUGAAAUGACCACCACCAUUAAAGUCUGAAUCACAGCGCACCACCCCUUGUCUGAGGACUCUUACUCUCUGCUCCAUGUGAGAGGACGAAGAGAAACGACUGGAUAUUGGCGAUCCUAGGUAGCAGAUCAGGGGAGGGCUCAAAAAGCGGCAAGCCACUGAACUCAUGACCAAGUUUGCAGCAUUGCUGGUGAUGUGGGAUCCGUGGGGUUUUUGUUUCCCAAGACAGGGUUUCUACGUGUAGCCCUGGCUGUCCUGGAACUCACUCUGUAGACCAGGCUGGCUCCAAGUUUACAGAGAUCCGCCUGCUUCUGCCUCCCGAGUGCUGGGAUUAAAAGCUUGUACCACCA